UGUUUGUACCAUGGGAGAGGGAGGGAGCGAGCCCAGGCUGGAGCCGGGGUCAGCAAGGUAAGUAUCAUUGGUGUCAGUGGGAGGAAUAGUGCCCAAUCAUUGUGUAAAGUUUGGUGGAGGGGGGAUUAUGGUGUGGGGUUGUUUUUCAAGGGUUGGACUUGGCCCCCUAGUUCCAGUGAAGGGGUCAGCAAGGUAAGUAUCAUUGGUGUCAGUGGGAGGGAUAGUGCCCCAUCAUUUGUGUCA